CUCCGUAGUACAAAGGCCUCGCUCCCUCGCAAAUUGCAGGCAGGCAAUCCAUCGUGGUGACAAAAAUGCCGGUCCCCAUAUUUUGCGAUCUUACUGUAGCGAACAACCGCGUAGGGGGAAGGGGUAAUUUAAGCCUGGCUAACCCAGAUUGCGGCUCCACAGGGCAGGCAAAGGUUUUGGAUCUCAGAGACAGGGACGGAGGAGGACGGACGAGGAGGGGGUUGAAGCGUGAAGGUUGAGAGAUAAUAGAGGUUUUGCACAGCGACGCUCUGGUAUCACAUCCAUGGAAUGCUCAGCAGAGUACCCAAGUGGUGGCUUGUAAACCUCUGCUACUGGCGAUGACCGCGGAAAUGAAGUUGGUGAUUUUAUGACCCGAAAGUCUGGCAAUUUGAGCAGGAAGAAAACUCUGGGGAAGGCACUGCUGUUGGCACAUGGUGGAUCAAGUUGAAGUAAAUAUCGAGGUUUAGGGUUGAAGCAUUUUAGCAGGUAUGGAUUACCAGAUAUUUCUGGUAAGGCCUCCGGCAAUUGCUAGGGCUCCUCGGGGAGGUCUCCGGCUUCUUCGAGUUCUCGACCAUGGAAUCUCAGUGUUGCCCGUGUCGACUCCUAAUGUGGCGCCUACUGAGUAUAGUUUCGAACACAUUUCAAAGGUCAUGCCAGCAGAUGAUGAUCCCACUGAGGUGAAACUGGAAAUUUCGGACACAAGCAAGUCAGGGUUUGGAGUUGAGACGAUUCGCUUCUGCUGUGAAGCCAGGACUUCUCUUAUUACUGCGCUUCUCAACCGCAUGGAUGACAUAAAUGGCAUUGGGAUUGACUAUGCGGCGCAGAAGCACAGUAACCAGAAAGGAGGGUUGUCUGAUACGAUUCUCCGUGUGCGAAGUGCUUCCAUUGUGAAAAUGGUCAACUCAGGUCUUCGAACAGAUUCUAAGGUGAAGGCCUCGAAGAAGGUUAAUUUUCAGGACAUAGUUAAGCUCGAAAUUCUCAGUGACGAUGAGCAAGUUGUGCUGAUCUCUCUCAAAUCACGAACCAUGCGACUCUUAGUUAAGGAUUCGGUGGCUUUUGUUUCCGCUAUUCAGAGGAACAUGAAGGUCCAUUUGAAACGUGACAUGGAGAUUGAGAGAAUAGAAUCAGAUGCAAUGAUUGACCUCUUAGCCACGCACUACAAGAAAGUUCGAGAAUAUCCAGUUCUUUACGAAUUUCAAGCUGUGAAGCCAUCUAGAUCCCACAAUCCAGAUAGGUUGCAUAGCUUGUCCAUUACCAAGCACCUUCUCAUUGAAAGUUUCGAAGGCGACAUCAUAAAUGUUCACAGUCUAGAAGACUUGCUCGGUGUUGUAGUUAGUGAGACGAAUGAUAAAGAGGUUGUCAUGGAGUUCACAUCGUGGAAAGAUUGCCACUUCCUGCUUAAAAACCGAGAUGACUUCGUUGCAACCUUAGCUGACGUGAUGGGCAUGGAAAAGGGCUCCACAUUCAGCAUCCGCUUGGAGCCAUAUCAUUCUUGCACGUUUCCAGAGCAACAGAGUAACCUUCACCAGGUUGAGUGCGAGGUAUUCUACUUGAAUCGUUUCAUGACAGCGUUCAAUUCAACGAAAGAAGCGGGGGCAUUGCAUUUACCAUUGAAGGAGUAUGCUGCAAAUAUUCUUAUCGGAGAAUCGCAAUGCUCUGACGCUAAAGUUCUUCAAGCUGUUGUUGACACCCUGAAGGAAACCAUUGGGAAGCAAAAGCCAGAUACUGUACGAGUUGCCACAUGUUGCAUGGUGCUUGUUAGGCUUUUGGGAUCCAAAGCUUGCUUUAACUCCAUUGGAAGCAUACCCGAAAUUGCAUCGGUCCUUUUCCAGUGCGUCCGUUCGAAACAUAGUGUCAUCUCUUAUCACGGCACGCUGGUCAUACGUGCAGCCGUCAAAUUUGUCGUUCAAACUGGUUCCACUGAAGCCGGACACGUUGCAUCGAAGCAAGAAUUUACCAACAGAAUGUCGCUGCUAACUUUAGAAUACCUACAGCAACUAGUCGCAUUACUACAUACGCAUGCACCCCCCAAGAAGAAUUCCUUGCAGGUGAUAGGUAUCUUGGACAUCUUGACGUUUGCGCUUAGUUCCCCACCUACAGAUAAUGAUGCAGGACGUCUGUGGCUCAGAGCAUAUGAGGCAUCUAUAAUGUCAACUGCAGACCUUCUAUGCACAUUUUUCCGUUUAACCAGUGAUGUUGUUUACACCAGACUCUCGAUCCUUCUGCAAGCACUGCUCACAAUCAUGUCCCCCGUUGUCCGCAAACACCUGCAAAGUAUUUGCCUCAGUCGGUGCGUGCUUCUAUUACACUUGAGCACAGCAGUAUUCUCGAUGAAGCCGCAUCUUCGCUUGCUGAGCAGUAGUCAGAUCUUUUUUUUGAUGGACGAUAAUGAAGAAGCGAAGAAGCUGCUUUUGUCUGUAUUACCCAAGGGCGUGAUGACACUGUACACCAAUAAAGUGAUAGAGAUGGAUGACAAGAAAGAAGUCAUAAGCGAUUUUUCUGCGUGGAAGGACACCAUAGAUUUGCUACACAGUGGAAGUGUGGAGACGCCACUUCUUGUAUGGAAUGACAUUAAGCGUUCUGAGUUGAAGAAGUUUCUUAAGGAAGAGUUGGAAGGGUAUUACACGGCAUUAGAAGCAAGUAACGACAUACUGUACAAUUCAACAGAUGUUCAGCUUAUAUACUCCACUGCGAGCGAAGGCGGAGGGUCCGUUGUUAAUGGCGUCCACCUCGAGCUUCUUGUUGAUCAUCACCCUCCUAAGCAUGGUCUUUACAAUAUAUUCUGGAAGCUUGGAGACCCGCUACCUUUAUUUCAGUCAGUCUAUCAAGCUAUGCUCCUGGGCUUCACUCCAUUGUUUGGAAACAAUAAUCUACCUGAAAUAGAUCUGCGCUUAGCCGUGCAUGUGUUGACUUGGAUUUACGAACGUCACACAGAUGAUGUUAGCUCUUGUAUGGAGACGUUAAAAGUCAUCGAGACAGUAGUGGGGAUGCUGCGGGAAGUCAUUGACAGUGAACAUGAGGUUUUUGUGUUCAAACUGGUAAUUUUUCUCUUGGCCACAUUGGAGAAUGGCGAUCGAGAGAAUGUAGUUCGCUUUACCCACGCAGGUGGAGUUUCUGUUAUAGCAUCUUUAAUGGUGUUAUCUGCAGAGAAGUGUUGUAAGGAUAAGACGUUAUUCGAAUGUAAUGGUUGGACAAGCAAGGGCGCUUUAGAGAAGGGGCAAUUUGAAAUCCUCAACUACACUGGCGCAGAUGGUAUGUCAAGGCUGGUGCGAGUUCCGUCUGUAAUGGCUCGGGAAAUGUCUGGUAAAUCGGUUCAAGAUGGCAGCUUAGAUGCUAAAGAUGGAAUUAGAUGGCAAGACAAAAAAGUGCCUCCCAAAAUCCAGCUGGGUUUAGUCUUGGAUCAGUUCGAAACUCUUUUGAGAGUAUCUGGUGAUAGUAGCAAUCUCAAACAGCAUUAUCCACCGUCGGCUGCCGUUUUGAGCCUUUCCAAGGACGAGACUCUUUGCCACUUAGUGCAAAUUCUACUGCGGCUUAAGUCUCCCGAAUUCGGCAGGACUUUAGAGAUUGUCUCGACAAUUGCUAAGGAAAAUAGGAGUGCUAUGGCAAAGCUACACUCGCUAGGUGCGUUUGAGAUUCUGUUGUGGAAAUUUCUUGCCGGGGAUCUCGUUGACUGGGAGAAAGACAUGGUCUGCAAGUUCUUAUUGCAAUCCCAUUUACAGCAGGAUCAAAGCACAAUGCCCAAAAUCAACGUGAGCGACCAAUCUCCUUGCAAAGGCAGUGCACUCCGACUGUACCUACCUGAUGGGCUCAUUAUAAGGCUUAUGGCUGAGGAUAUGGACUCGUAUAGAGUCUUUGCUGGAGUGCUAGAUACCGAACAAGAUGCACCUGAUAUUAUCUGGAAUAAAGCCAUGCGGCAACGACUACUAGAUCAUCUUACGCAUGAGUUGGAGCCGUUUGUCAGAGCUCGAGCGACCAAUUCUAUGGCACUGUUUGUGCAUACACCCCGAACUCCCAUCUUCUACCCUGAGUUGGUUGACAUGGUCUUCUCUGCUCCUUUCUAUCUACAAAAUCUCCUGGAUGAGGAGCGCUUCCGCGACUACCCUAUAAGCAACCCUGAGGGGUUUCUCAGCAGCCUCAUGCUGGAUUUACAGAAUUUAGCGACAUCAGGAGAUCCAAUGCGGUCGAAGAUACUACAGCGGACGGAGCUCCUUCUACAAGCCCUGGCAUACGUCGUCGACCGUUUCCCACUGACAUUGCCAAGUGAUGCGGAGGAUCUUCUUAUUACAAUGGCAUCGCCCUCUCUAGAAACUUGUUUGGCUGAGACGGAGAGCUCUGAUCCAGUUUGUAUAGAGAUUCUGCAACAUACAGUCAAAGUUCUGCGGAGGGUUGUUGCUGUGAACACUAAGCUUGACGACUUACCUCAGGCAUCUUUGAACUUCGCGUUGGAUAUCCUCACGCUUGGAACUCGGUGGAGCACCAAUAGUACUCUCGACUUAGCAGUCGCUGGUUCUCUGUCUCUGUUAGAAGUGAUAUCCUCUCACCAUGGUGGGAGGACGCACUUGUGGGGCGACUCCAGGUGGCAGGAAGGCAUGCAAUGGGCUCUAAGUUGCGCUGUUAACGAUGCCACUGCAACUCCGUCUAGAGGUCCGAGCCCCGUUUCAUAUCAUGCAUUGAACUGUCUGAAACACUUUGCAGGAGAUUCUGACUACAGACAGGGGAUUAUUCAUAGGGGCAUCCAUCUCCCGUUGCUGUUGCUAGUAGUACCACCUGCAGGCGUUGAUCCCAAGUCUGAAUCUGCAACUUCCACACUGUCCAUCUCUGCUGCAAAUGUUCUUGGCUCCUUUGUGCGAGGAGAUGGAGCCCACUUUACCUCCCUCUCGAAUCUGAUCCCCAAGCCGCUUCUAUCUUGCUUGGAAGAUGAUGAGGAGCUUGGCAAGUUCAUCAACAUGGUAGGUUCAGACAUUCGAAUGCCGACUACAAUGUGGACCGCCGAUGUGCGAGUGGAACUUCGUGGAAGGGCUCUAGAGAAGAUGACGAGGCGUGACGAGGAUGAAGAGCAAUGGUUGCACAAUUUUAAGUAUGCUUGUCUUCAAAAGGAGUUUGUAAUUGGUGGUGUUUUCGUAAACCACAUUGCGUCUGGGAAGUUGGAGGGAGCUGACUUCCCGGACAAUGCUGACUUUUUGGACCUCAUGAUGGAGUACCUUGAGAGGGAACGAAGCGUCGUCAGCCUGACGGAAGUUGAGAACGAAACUGAGGAAUUUGAAGAUAAGCACGUGAUAGUUUCAGAAGGAAUGCAAGAGCAGCGUAGUCAAGCAGUAGAGCUUGAGAAGUAUGUCCAAGUUCUGGUUGCAUUAAAGGAAUGCCUAAAAUUUGCAACGUCCCAUGGCAAGCUCAACCUGAUGAAAAAAUUCAAGCUGCAAAUUUUCUUGGACAUUGCAUCAAUGGAUCACUGUUCCCCCAAAGUUUGGACUGAACUUAUGUGGGUUUUCAAGGAGAUGGCUCACGAUAAGAUUUCACAGGAAGCCAUACUUGAAUCAAAUCUUCUCGGGUUAGCUGGGAUAUUCCUCUGGGAUGCCGUGACAGAGGACAACGGUGAAGAAAUGAAAGCAGUUCUUCACGCCACUUUGGAUGCGCUACUAUUCUUGAGUGAGAAUAUUUCAGCCAGUGUGGAGGUUACGAACUAUUUCUCUAGCAGCGGGCUGCUGUUUCCAUUGUUAUGCCUCUUUUGUGAUGUUGAUCUACCCAGCCUGCGAAGUGGGAUCAUGGAGACCGAGAAGAUUACCCCUCACAUGAGACUAAUGGCAUCAUGCAUACUUGGACAACUUUUGCUGUGUUGCUGCGGAGUCAGCCAUCGUGUCAGUUUUCUUGGAGAUUCCAAAGAGCCGAAGGAUCCAUUUAGCGAGUCCAAAAAAAUCAGAGUAAUGUCAACUGACGUUGAUGACUUGAUGGACAUGCUUGCGCCAGGCUACCAUGGGGCAAAGCCGCUUGUUUUUCGAACUUUAAUGUUACUCAUGCCUCUGGAGCUUCUGUCUACUCUGGCGCAUAACCCAGCACGAGCAUGUGAUUUAUAUAAGGAGACGGUGUAUCUUCCAAGGCUAGUGUGGGACGAUGAAACUCGCCGUUGUGUCUAUCAGACACUUACAAAGGAGGCUAUUAAGUUUCAAGUCUUCGUGAAGAAUCAGCUGGUUCCUGGGCUUGGAUCUUGGUCGUUAGAACUUGAUCAGCCAAUUUUUACUCGCUGGAUACUGGCCACUGUAUCAGAUGACGACAGCAAGCCGCUCUACAAGAAUUCAAGGGAGGAAUCAUAUGUGCCUGAAAUGUACUUGGGUGGAUUCUUUGUGGAUCACUUCCUCCGAAUACCUGAUUACUUCUUCGGCAAGGUUCUCGAACAACGAUUCCUUCGUGAAGUACAAAAGGCAAUUGUUUUGGGCGUGUGUUCAGAAGAUCCUGAUGACGUGAGAAGGCUUAUACUCUCCUUAUUGUUGCUUUUCCAAGGGCGAGAGUAUUUGUUGUCUGGCCGCUCCUACGUGGACAUUUUUCUAGCCGUGAGCCGUUACAUUUGCUCCACUGGUGCUGAAGGUCGCAUGCUUGCUCAACCAGCGAUGAUCUUAACUCAUUACAUUGCCAACAACAAAGACAUCAUCGUCUGUAUCGGUUCGGAAGACCUAAUAGACUCUCUGGUGUCCUUCCUGGAUUUAGCUGUUCCCAAAGAAUUCGCUGGAUUUGCUGGCACUGACCCCAGGCUCUGUAGCCUUAUGCUUCUGCUGAGGUUGAUAAGGUUGAGUCCCCCGACCAUUGAGAUUACAUCAAGUCCAGCUGUCCUUCAAAAACUUGCCGAUAUAGCUCUGAAUGUGGAUGGAAACAAGGAAGUAUCAAAGACAGCGUUAGGGUGUCUUGCCUUGAUGUGUAAUGACAAGCGCAAAGGUAAAGAGGUGGCCAAUGCGUUGGAUUCUUACGUACCUGCUGAUAGUGUUGGGUUUUGGGACAUCCCAGCGGAUAAUAUUUGGAAUGACGAUGUCGAUUAUGAGAUUCUGCGACAUUUUCUUCAGCAUCAAUGUCCAUCGACGUGGUGGAACUCGGACGUGUCGGUGGAACUUGCAAAUGACAGAGCAUCAUCUACACCAAAAAGUCCCACCUUAACUCACCUCAACUCACGGGCAGCUGUCAAUGGUGUUUAUGACGAUCACGCGAAUCGUGACAUUUUCUCUAACUGAGAGAAUUAAAAGUACAGAGUUUACAUAUGACUUUCAUUCAGGGGACUCCAUUUUAGAAACCAUCUCAGCAGUAUGUGGUUACAUACUCAAGUGAAGGACUCAUUUGAGUUAUUCGAAAAAUAUCCUACCAAAUUUGUUCUGGAUAGCGCAAACUGAGGUGAAUAUCAAUUCAGUCCAUCCCUUGAUCUUCCGGUUUCUACCUUCGUAUAGGUAAAUCGUGUGUAUAUCAAACUGGACUACAUUCACUCUUGGAUGGAGUGUAAAGAUCCAGAACAGAGCUUUGUGUAUGUGACCCAACUCGUCUACAUUCUAGUUCAGAGUAGGUACUUUGUCUGUAGAAUAUCGCCACAACUAAGGACUGUCCAGUUGAACGGACACCCUCACCAUCAUCUGUGAAAAAUUUACACCCAGAAACAAGUCAAUCCUGAACUGAUAACGAGAUUUGUGCAUAGAGAAUAUGCAAUAAUUUCCGGCAUCCACCUUUCGAGUCCCAAAAUGGGGUGAUCAAUGUUAGCUUCUUGUUUGAAUCGAACUCACUUGUGGUGACAAUCUUCCAAAAAA